UAUGCCAUCGUGGGUUUAGUUUUUCUGUGAGAUGACAUGGAAAUGUAGAGGGUCUACGACUCAGUUUCGUGUGAAAAACGUCAAGGCGUAAAUGCAUUAAUAAUUGAACGCAUUUUCAGCAGGAAUCGCUCAGUGGAUGUACGCGGUGUUAUAACCUUCGGAAAUAUGCCGUAGCGGUGUCAUGGUCCAAGAGUAACUACACACACCUUCAACGCUUCACUGAAUUGCUUGUGGUAUAUUAUCAACCGGGCCGAGUUUCGGCUCGGCUUUAACAGUCAAUCUGGGGGCAGGGCGCAGUUCACCAACCCCAGACAUGCAAAGCAACGUAUGCGGGAAUUGCGGGCGACCCGUAUACUUUGCGGAGCGCAAGACGUCUCUGGGGCGAGACUGGCAUCCCAACUGUCUGAGGUGCAAGGAGUGUGGGAAGGUCCUCACCCCUGGACAACAUGCAGAGCACAAGGGAUUACCCUACUGCCACAACCCGUGUUACAAGGCAUUGUUUGGACCUUCUAUACUGGGAUAUGGAUCCAAUGUGCAUUCAGCUGCCAAUUACAGGAACAGUAAACCAUUUGAUGGAAUUACAAACUCCAGUAAUAUGGAUGGAAUAAGUACUAAAAUAUUCAGUUUUGCCAAAAGUGUUUUGCCCAAAAAUGUACAGAGUGCCAUAUCUCAGGAUAAUACCAAAGUCCAGCCACCUCAAGCUCAGAUGCUCUACACUCAGGAAGAACAGGAGAUGCUGAAGAAGGUCCAGUCUUAUAAUGCGUAUUACGAAGGGAAGGUGCGACACCAGAUUACAACAGAGAAGAAUGAAAAUGGUGACUUUGUCAUAGAAGGUCCUCUGAGAAUAUACUGGGGCGUGACACGACCGAUCCAGUUAGAACAUUGUGAUAACAUAAAACCAUCGCCAUUGUCCACAUGGCGACAUAGCCUCUACCCCAGUCGUGUAAACAGACAGAGACCUCUAACAGUCAUAGAGGGAGGUGCUUCAGCGUCACGGUCCAACGGCGUCAAGUUUGCUGAAGAUAUUGCUGAGCUCACAACCCCACCAGCAUCACCAAAGAAGUCCUAUGGGUUCGAUGACAGCAUUGUGGCAUCCCAAACAGAUGGAGUUGUUCGGCGGAAAAACAUUCGCAAGUUUAACACGGUAGCAUAUCGAGGCGAUGCACCAAACAAGUGGAAGAGGGCAUCGAUAAAUGGUCACAUAUAUAACUACGACACAAGUGUGUUCACCCCAGUUCUGGGCAGCAGUACAAGUGUAAUUGUCUCCAGUACCAUGAAUACUUCACAAGUUAUCAAAAACUCUCAUGGAGAAAUUCAAAGUUGUGAAUCAUCCAGAUGAGUACCAUCUGUAUCUGAUCACAGACGAUGAAGAGAGGCUUCUUUCAGAAAAGCAAAUUCCACUGGCUUUGAGGUUAGAUUUUGGACCUGAUGAAGCAAAGGCCAGGUUCUUUAUCAAAGAGAAAAUAGUAGAACAGCCCAAGACUCCUGUAAUAUCAAUGCCCAUU